AUGGCGGUCUCCGUGUUCUACAGCCGGCUCUUGGCUGCCGCCACGCUGAGGAGCCACCGACCCCGGACGGCGCUGCCUGCCGCAGCCCAGGUCCUGGGAAGCUCCGGAUUGUUUAACAACCAUGGAGUCCAAAUACAGCAUCAACAGCAAAGGAAUCUCUCUCUGCAUGAAUACCUGAGUAUGGAAUUGUUGCAGGAAGCUGGCGUCUCCAUUCCCAAAGGACACGUGGCUAAGUCACCAGAUGAAGCUUAUGCAAUCGCCAAAAAAUUAGGUUCAAAAGAUGUUGUGAUAAAGGCGCAAGUUUUGGCUGGUGGCAGAGGAAAAGGAACAUUUGAAAGUGGCCUCAAAGGGGGAGUGAAGAUAGUUUUCUCUCCAGAAGAAGCAAAAGCUGUUUCCUCACAAAUGAUUGGGAAAAAGUUGUUUACCAAGCAAACAGGAGAAAAGGGCAGGAUAUGCAAUCAAGUAUUGGUUUGUGAACGAAGAUAUCCCAGGAGAGAAUACUACUUUGCAAUCACAAUGGAAAGGUCAUUUCAAGGUCCUGUAUUAAUAGGAAGUUCUCACGGUGGUGUCAAUAUUGAAGACGUUGCUGCUGAGACUCCCGAGGCCAUAGUUAAAGAGCCUAUUGAUAUUGUAGAAGGCAUCAAAAAGGAACAAGCUGUCCGGCUUGCACAGAAGAUGGGAUUUCCAGCCAGUAUUGUGGAUUCUGCAGCAGAAAACAUGAUCAAACUUUAUGACCUUUUUCUGAAAUAUGAUGCAACCAUGGUAGAAAUAAAUCCAAUGGUAGAGGAUUCAGAUGGAGCUGUGCUGUGUAUGGAUGCAAAGAUCAAUUUUGAUUCUAAUUCAGCUUAUCGUCAGAAGAAAAUCUUUGACCUGCAGGACUGGACCCAGGAAGAUGAAAGGGACAAAUAUGCAGCUAAGGCAGAUCUCAACUACAUUGGCCUUGAUGGAAAUAUAGGCUGUCUAGUGAACGGUGCUGGUUUGGCUAUGGCUACAAUGGAUAUAAUAAAACUUCAUGGAGGGACUCCAGCCAACUUUCUUGAUGUUGGUGGUGGUGCCACAGUCCAUCAAGUAACAGAAGCGUUUAAACUUAUCACUUCAGAUAAAAAGGUACUGUCUAUUUUGGUCAACAUUUUUGGAGGAAUCAUGCGGUGUGACGUUAUUGCACAGGGUAUAGUCAUGGCAGUAAAGGAUUUGGAAAUUAAAAUACCUAUUGUGGUACGGUUACAAGGUACACGAGUUGAUGAUGCUAAGGCACUGAUAGCAGACAGUGGACUUAAAAUUCUUGCUUGUGAUGACUUGGACGAAGCUGCUAAAAUGGUUGUGAAGCUUUCUGAGAUAGUGACCUUAGCCAAGCAAGCCCAGGUGGAUGUGAAAUUUCAGUUGCCAAUCUGA